GGUUCUUGAACACUAUCCAAACUAGGAGCUGCUCCUGAGCGCCAAAAAUGCGCAAAUAACAUGAAAAACAUCGUCUGCAACCCACUGACAACCUUGUCAACUGAUUGUCAAAUCUCCCAACGUGAUUGAAAUCCGGCAAUUUCACGCUUUCCACUGUUUUCUCAAUAAAACCUAGCCCCGUUGUUUAUCAAGUGCUACCUAGAGCUCCGCAACAAUGCAGCCACAAAUUGUUCUUCUCAAAGAGGGUACCGAUUCGUCGCAGGGAAAGCCGCAAUUGAUUUCCAAUAUCAAUGCCUGCCAGUCGAUUGUUGAUGCCGUUCGGACCACGUUAGGGCCGAGGGGAAUGGACAAGUUGAUCGUGGUUAAAAAUGGCAAGGCGACCAUUUCCAACGAUGGGGCCACUAUAAUGAAGCUUUUGGAUGUGGUGCAUCCGGCGGCGAAAACCCUGGUUGAUAUCGCCAAGUCACAGGACGCCGAAGUUGGAGAUGGUACCACUAGUGUGGUACUUUUGGCUGGGGAGUUUUUGAAACACAUCAAACCCUAUGUGGAGGAGGGAGUGCAUCCGAGAGUCAUCAUCAGAUCCAUCCGAAAAUGUCUGCAGUUGUGCCUUGAGAAGAUCAACGAAAUUUCGAUCAAAAUCAACAAAUCGAAUGCGACAGAAUUCCGCUCCUUGUUGGAAAAAUGCGCCGCAACUGCCAUGAGCUCAAAGCUGAUCAGCCAGCAGAGAGUGUUUUUCUCCAAGAUGGUUGUAGAUGCAGUUCUACUCCUCGAUGAACUUCUCCCUUUGAACAUGAUUGGCAUUAAAAAGGUCCAGGGUGGCGGCCUGGAAGACUCCAUGCUAGUGGCCGGAGUUGCCUUCAAGAAAACCUUUUCCUAUGCAGGCUUUGAGAUGCAGCCCAAGGUUUAUAAAAACUGCAAAAUCGCCCUGCUGAACAUCGAGCUCGAAUUGAAAGCGGAAAGAGACAAUGCAGAAGUCCGCGUUGAUAACGUGAAAGAGUAUCAGCAGAUUGUAGAUGCUGAAUGGAACAUUUUGUACGGGAAGCUGCAGAAAAUUCACGAAAGUGGGGCCAAUGUGGUGCUCUCCAAGUUGCCCAUUGGUGAUGUGGCUACUCAAUUCUUUGCUGAUCGGGACAUGUUCUGCGCUGGACGCGUUCCCGAAGAGGACCUGAAACGGACUCUGAAAGCUUGCGGAGGGGCUGUAAUGACCACAGCGCACGAUCUGAAAGACUCAGUAUUAGGCAAAUGCGAUCUGUUCGAAGAACGGCAGAUUGGAGGCGAGAGAUUUAACUUCUUCAGGGGCUGCCCGAAUGCGAAAACUUGCACCCUGAUUCUGAGGGGCGGCGCCGAACAGUUUUUGGAGGAAACCGAACGUUCUCUGCACGACGCCAUCAUGAUAGUCCGAAGAACUAUUAAAAGCGAUGCUGUUGUUGCUGGUGGUGGUGCCAUUGAAAUGGAACUCUCGAAAAUGCUGCGUGACUACUCGAGGACAAUCGCCGGAAAGGAACAGCUGUUGAUCAGCGCUAUCGCGAAAGCGCUAGAAAUCAUUCCAAGGCAGUUAUGCGAUAAUGCAGGUUUCGAUGCCACCAAUAUUCUGAACAAGUUGCGCCAGAAGCACGCUCAGGGGCAGUGUUGGUACGGGGUGGACAUCAAUCAGGAGGACAUCAGCGACAAUUAUGCGCUGUGCGUUUGGGAGCCCGCCAUCAUCAAGAUCAACGCCUUAACUGCCGCUACUGAGGCUGCAUCUUUGAUUCUUUCCGUCGAUGAGACGAUUAAAAAUCAAACGUCUGGAGGAGAUCAGCAGCCGCAAAUGGGCCGCGGAAUGGGACGACCCAUGUAACAAACAUAUUGCUAGAAUUUUCGUACUAAAGUUUGGAUAAUUUUUUUCUUUUAUGAAUGAAGAGCUUCUGUGGAAGUUGUUGGUGGACAACAAAUUCCAUUGUAGCAUUUCACCUACGUCUGAUUUUUAGUGUUCUGUAUUACAAGCUGCUUAAUUAAUAAAUGAUUAAUACAAAA